CUCGAAGCGGCAAUCGCUUGGAGAGUCCACCGAGAGGGCUCGGGAUCUGAUCACCUGUCAUGACGAUAACCUUAUCGGAAUAGCCUCGAUGGGCCUCUCUAAUGACAACAAUAAGAAGGCGCUCAAGGACGAAUGGAAGGAGUUCAAGGCACUGGUCAUCCAGGGUAUUCCUAUCAGCUUGCGGCCUAAGAUCUGGCUGGAGUGCUCUGGGGCUAGCGAAUUAAAAGAACCUGGUUACUAUCACGAUUUACUCAAUCUGCACGACGGUGAAGAGGGGCUAUGUCUCAACCAGAUCGAAUGCGACGUCACUCGAACUCUUCCCACGAACGUUUACUUUGGAGGCGACGGGCCUGGAGUGAGUAAGUUGAGAAGAGUCCUGGCGGCGAUGUCAUGGCACAAUCCGGUGGUUGGAUAUUGUCAGGGCAUGAACAUGGUCGCUGCCACGUUGCUUUUGACGAUUCCUAGCGAGGAAGAUGCUUUCUGGAUCCUCGUCUGUAUCGUCGACAAAAUCCUGCCCUCGCAUUACUAUACCUCUCAUCUACUCACCUCCCAGGCCGAUCAACGAGUGCUUAAAGUGCUCGUCAGUAAAUAUCUUGCUGAAUUGGCUGACCAUUUCGACGCUUUGGAUGUCGAAUUGCCCGCUAUCACGUUCGGAUGGUUCUUGUCCCUGUUUGCUGAUGCGUUGCCCAUUCAAACCCUGCUUCGGGUAUUUGACCUAUUCCUAAUCGAUGGUAGUCUAUUACUAUUCCGGAUCUCAUUAGCGCUUCUGAAGAUCAACCAAACGACGAUCCUGUCGUAUGACUCGCCGGCGUCGCUGUACGCCUACAUGCGUGGGCCAAUGACCUUAAGCUCGCAUCAUGCCGACCUGCUCAUCAACGUCGCUACCGUCGACUUCGCCGAUAUCAAGAACUCCCUCAUCGUCAGUCUCAGAGAUAAGUUCGUCGACCAGAUCAAAGUCGAGAUGGGCUUGCCCGAUUGAUCCCUCCAAUCCUCAUUCCUUCUCCCAUCUUUUUCCCUCUUUCUUGUCAAUACUUUCUUCCUCUUUCGCUCUCUCUCGUUGAUCAUUGGUACUUUCUUUUUUUCCGAAAAAAAUCAAAGAAAUAUCGUUCAUAUACUUUUGUUAGUGUUCUUAUCAAUAAUA